AUGGACUUCGACUUGAACAUGGAUUUCUCAUUCCUAAAUGGGGAUGAUCCGACAUUAGGCAUGGUAUUGGCGGCCGAUGAUAACUCAUUAUGGGAAAAUUUCUCUCCGUUUCUAGAUGAUCCUGAAAUUGUUCCAGAAGCUGCUGAAGAUACAUUCUGCAGCAAAAUGAUCUCACAAUUGGAAGGACUUGAACAAUGUGAUGACCACAGCUAUGCUGCGCUAUCACCAAUGAGUUCGCCUCGGCAAGGUUCAAUGAGUCUUGGAAGCAACUCGCCUACGAAUACGUCGGGUUCAGAAGCGUCGUAUCCUUUGGAUAUUCUUGAAGCUGCCAGUCAGGAAUUAUUUACUCAGACGUCGUUUGACGAUGUAAAACAAGAAGUCACCUCAUCACAACCAACGACCAUAGCUGCUUCAAACACUGCAACUACUCGUCCUCAUUACGCACCUUACCGUCUCCAACCAGUCCCUAAUCAACAAAAACGUGCACCAACCCUUACGACGACACGAGCAGUCCCACAAAGACCAGCUCCAGUGGUUCGAUUUAGUGAGUUUUUUGAUAAUCUAACCGUUUUCAUGCCUCUACCCCGUCCUGCUCUAUUUUUGCCCUAUCACCCACUUACCACCCAUCGUUCGGGUAUUUGA